CUCACCUCCUCCUCUACUCUGGCUCUCUCACAUCUCUUGUAAUAUCUGUUAAUCCUUGUUAGCUAAUCUGUCUCUUACGUGUAGUCAUCCUGUGAUAAAAAAUGUCACCCAUAGUCAUGGAAUCGCCUGCUAGUGCUAUCGGCAUGCAUCCGCCAAUACUCCCUAUUUCCCGCAUCCAGGCCACUUUCUCCAACGCGUCUUCCGAUCACGCUCUCCAGCAGGACGCGCGCCCAUCGUCCCCUGCCCCCUCUGCUCCCGUCAACGUUGCCAACGCUGAUGCCGCCGCCCAACGCGGUAUCUCCACCGGCGAUUUCCCUACCUUUGAGCAGCUCAUUCACAAGGAUCGCCCUGCCGGCGCUGCAGCCGAACAACAGCCGACUGCCCCAGUGGCACAGCAGCUCAAGGAUUCCGCUCAAUCUCAGACCGAGCCCCCGGCCCAGACUGCGCAGACCCCACAGAAGCAGCAGCAGCAGACAGCUCAGUCCCCGCAACAGCCUCAGGAGAAGCAGACCUCGGCGCCACCCCAGCGCACGACGUGCAACAACUGCGGCACCGCUGAGACCCCCCUAUGGCGACGCGAUUCCGAGGGCAAGACCAUUUGCAACGCCUGCGGUCUUUAUCUCAAAUCUCGCAAGGUGGCUCGACCCCCCUCCCUAGCUCGUACACCCACCCCCAACGCCGCUGCCGCUGCCGCCGUCGCUGCAGCAAACGCCAACAGCAGCAGCGAGGACAUGCCGACUCAAGGGGCAGCAUCUGCCCAGAAGGGAUCAAACGACGACAAGGGAUCUCCUUCUGCGAAGGGGACUUGCCCUGGAGACGGGCGCUGCGAUGGCACCGGAGGCUCGAGCGCAUGCUCUGGAUGCCCCACAUUCAACAACACCUUGGCUGCAGCACGUGCCGAUGCCGAUGUCACCGCGCCAGGCGAAGACUCGUUCCAGGCCCAGCAAGUAGUAGCUGCAUCAUCCCCAGCAGCAGCCGACGUCGCGCCACCAAAUGUGGCCGAGGCCGAGUCCCCAGGACAAGGCACGAAGAAGGUCAAGUCGGCGGUCGGGGCACUCUGCUGCGCCAACUGCAGUACGAGCACGACGCCGUUGUGGAGGCGCGAUGAUGUCGGGAACAACAUCUGCAACGCUUGUGGCCUCUACUUCAAGCUACAUGGUACUCAUCGCCCCAACUCCAUGAAGAAGACCGUGAUCAAGCGGCGGAAACGGGUUCCCGCAGCUGCAGGCAUGUCUUCCGGACGCAUGUCAGACCAGGCUGCCGCUGAAGCUCUUGUAUCAGUCGGACGCGGCGGUGCACAGUCUAACACAGGUGACGAUAGCGACGCUGAAGUCGAAGAGAUCGAACAGCCCCGCCGCAAGCGCGCUCGUCGCAGCACCCGCGGUGAACGCAACGUCCGCCAGCGCGACGAUGAGGAUGAGGAUAUGGCCGAGCCCGAAGAUCUCCCUCCGAGGAGAGCGCGUAACGAGCGUCCCGAGCGCGCCCUCCCGGUGCGCAAGGGCUCUCGCGACUCGCACGGCUCUGCAUGGGCCGAGGGAUCGUCCAGCAUUCAGCAGCUCGCCGAGGUGCUCUCCGGAAGCGAGCACCGAUCGAGCUCGCUACCUCGCGCAGAGGCUCACGAGCGUUAUGCGCAUGGAUCGCAUCUUACCCGCACGAACUCCGGUCACGGCCACUUCGUGGCGUCCCCUCACGCUGGAUUUGACCUUCCGCCCUUGAACGCUGCGCUCGGCGAGCGGUACGGUGGUUUCGCUGGCCUUCUUGGCAACCGCGACUUUGGUGGUGCGACAUCGAGCUUUAUUCGCUCUGGCUCAAAUGCUCCCAGCAGGACGCACUCGCCUCUUAAUCCCAACACCGGCUCGGGCUACGUUUUGCCCCCGCCUCACGGUGUGCACUACUUCUCGCAGCACCACGCCUUUGGCGGACACUCGCCCCCGCCCCACGAUUUCAACGGCGUGCUGCUCUCCGGCGUGCCGAACGUCAACGAGCUGAGGCAGCAUUACCUCGAGUUGCACGAGACCCGCAAGCGCCUCGAGGAAAUGAUCGAGAAGACGGAUAGGUUGAUGGCGGGUGUGAAGCACGGUCUCGACGACAUGUUGAACGUUGCGGCUGCACAGCAGUACCAGCAACAGUUGCAGGCUCAGGCUCAAGCUGCCGCCUCGCGCGUAGCCUCGCGUGCGCCCUCGCCGUUGCAUCAGCAGCAGCAGGUGCAACAGCACCCGAGCCCCUCCUCUGCGCCUCAGCAGGAGCAGCAGGCGCCUGCGUCGUCGCAGACUCAGGCGCAGGGAUCCAUCCCCAGCGCCCCGAUUGCGUUGCCGCUGCCUCGUGCCGCUGGCGAGAAGGAGAAGACGCGCGAGUCCGUCUGGCCCGUCUCUGAGUCCCCCGCGCGGGACUGAAUAUCUUCGUCCGCUGUUCCUCUGGCCCACUCGCCGUCGCCAUCGCUAUGAUCUAUUGCCAUUCUCGCUAUGUAUGCCGCAUCCCGCUUGCUCUCGCUUUCGAUAACCUGACUAGGAAUGUCUGGCUCUCGCCGGGCUCGAUGUUAACCAUCAUUCGGAUCACCAACACGUAUAUCAUUUUCUCAUUUUCUUUCUUUUCUCAUCUCUCUCGUUCUCAUCCGCGCCUCCGCAUAUACAUAUAUCCUCUUUAUUCACGUUUCAUAUAUUUGAACGGUUUUCUUGCGUUUUUUUUUAUCGAUCGUCGCUGUCUUCCGCUGCGUUCCGUUGUUCAUAUUAUACUCUACAUUCACGUUUUCAUUAUCAUCGUCUUCUUGUUUGGUUUCCUCUAUCUCUCUCGUCUCGUCUAAACAUCUACACAACCAUCACUACAUGAAACCCCAUAUGCAUCGUUAUCAUCACUCUCUGUCGGCCUUAUAUGCUCGUUUUAACUCCCCUCGCUUUCACCCCUCCACCUCACCACAUCUUCGUACACAAUCGUUUGCCUCUGGCACUUACUCGUUUUGAUAGACACCACCCACCCCAUCGCCCAUCCAGUCUCCCGCUCGUAUGUUUCUUGCUUUCCGUUUCGAUCCGCUCGUUCGCUGUCUCUUUUGGUUCACCGUAUAUAACUAUCUAGCCCGCUCUAUUUAUAUGCCGCUCGAGGAGGUCUCUUAUUGGCUUGUGGCUGCUCCCCCCAUCCCAUCCGACAUAUAGGAUUUUCACAUACCACCAUCAUCAUCACCCACCGCGCCUCGUUUCUCAGUUAAUUUCCUUGCCCUUUCGCGAUUUAUUCGCCUGUACGUAUUGUAGACACUUGUCUUUUCUGUUUCUUCUGCGCGCAUGCGUCAGAUGGGUGGGAGGGCGAGUGAGCAGUUUGGUUGUUUAAUUCUCGGUUCUGAUUUUAUACCAUUGGCGCGUUGUGUGGCUUUGCUCGUGCAUUCGCGUUAUAGACUUUUCGAUGUUUUUUUUUGUUGCUGGACGUGUGUUUGUGCGUGGUUAGCUUUUUGUUUGAUUUGAUUUUGAUUUGUUUGUUGGCACUUGCGUUAUGAGGGAAAUGAUUAUCU